AUGAAGAAAUUCUUCCAGGAAAUCAAGGCUGACAUCAAGUUUAAGAGCGCGGGUGCCGGACAGAAGCUCACGGAGUCGGCGGCGGAGAAGGCCCCCAAACCAAAAACCAACCAACCAGCACGCCAGCAGUCUCGCCAGGGACCCACCAAUGAGGCCCAGAUGGCAGCAGCAGCAGCCCUGGCCCGACUUGAGCAGAAGCAGCCCAGGGCUCGGGGCCCCUCAUCACAGGACCUCAUGCGAAGCCAGGUGAAAAAGGAACUUCCAGCUGAAGAGACUGUCAGUGGGAGCUCAGGGACAAACAUGGUAUCUGAGCCCAAAGAGGAAGGCUCAACUCCCCUGGCGGUGCCUGGAGUGUACUUCACCUGUCCGCUCACAGGGGACAUCCUGAGGAAGGACCAGCGGGACACCCGAAUCAAGGAGGCCAUUCUCUCACACUUCUCCACGGACCCGGUAGCUGCCUCCAUCAUGAAGAUCCACACGUUCAACAAAGACCGGGACAGGGUGAAGCUGGGUGUGGACACCAUCGCCAAGUACCUGGACAAUAUCCACCUGCACCCUGAGGAGGAGAAGUACCGGAAGAUCAAGUUGCAGAACAAGGUGUUCCAGGAGCGCAUUAACUGUCUGGAAGGGGCCCACGAGUUUUUUGAGGCCAUUGGCUUCCAGAAGACAUUGCUGCCAGUUCCGGAUCAGGAGGUCCCCGAAGAGUUCUACGUGCUAAGCGAGGCCGCCUUGGCCCAACCCGAGAGCCUAGAGAGACACAAGGAGCAGCUGUUGAGCGGCGAACCUGUGCGGGCCACACUGAUCCGCCAACGCCGUGUCUUCCGGCCCUCGCCCAUGGCCUCCCAGUUCGACCUGCCCUCUGACUUCUUCAACCUCACGGCUGAGGAGGCCAAACGGGAGCAGAAGCUCCGGUCUGAGGCGGUGGAGCGGCUGAGCAUGCUGCGGACCAAGGCCAUGCGGGAGAAGGAGGAGCAGAGGGAGAUGCGCAAGUACACGUACACACUGCUGCGUGUCCGUCUCCCUGAUGGCUGCCUCCUCCAGGGCACCUUCUAUGCCCGGGAGCGGGUGGCAGCACUGUAUAGCUUUGUCCGGGAGGCCCUGCAGAACGACUGGCUGCCCUUCGAGCUGCUGGCCUCAUGUGGGCAGAAGUUGUCAGAGGAUGAGAACUUGGCCUUCAAUGAGUGUGGGCUGGUGCCCUCAGCCCUCCUGACCUUCUCGUGGGACAUGGCAGUGCUGGAGGACAUUAAGGCCGCGGGGGCUAAGCCAGACUCAUCGAUCCUGAAGCCCGAGCUCCUGUUGACCAUCGAGAAGCUCUCGUGA